GCGUCAAAUGGUUGCUUUGAUGGAAGUCUAAAUUCUCUCUAGGUUGGAAUGUUGGCGUUCCCACUGUAGAGCUGCGUUCCACUCACUCCAGUUGCUAGUUCUAGAUCAAAACUUUCAGCAUUGACUUCAAAAAAAAUGUAAGAAACUUGACAUGGGCUUUGAAACGCCUUGGAUAAUAACAUAACGAAGACGAAAUGAAAAGAAACUACUUUUGUGAUUAGGAAGCAAAACAAUGUAAUCAACACAAACAAGAGGCACCAUCCCUUGAGUUUUCUCAGUCGGGUACAAGAAACACUACGGUGCCGAAUAAGAGCAGUUGGUGUGUGGACUUGGGAAGACCCGAUGUCAUGGUUCUUUAUGUGAGUCCUUAAGUGGAAACUCCAGAGUCUUAAUAACAGCUGCAUGGUUCUAGUAUGAAAGUCAAUUAAGUUGUUCUCCAGGAAGUGUGGUUGCACAGAAUGGUGCAAGUGUGGUUUUCUACUGGAUUUUAAAGGCAGAAAAAGGAAUUAUAUAACCCGGAUUUACAAUGAGGCCAAAGACGUUCCCUGCCACUUCGUACCCUGGGAACAGCCGCCAGAGACUGCAGGAGAUCCGAGAGGUGCUGAAGCCGCCUCCCAUGCCUUCAGGACAGAGCUUACCUUGUGGUCCCGAAUGCGAAAGCCAGCCUGACUCAAAAGCCUCAGCAGGGAAGGACGCAGCCAGGCAGCAGCAAAUUAGAGCAGUGCCAAAAUUUGGCCCAUAUCAGAAAGCCCUGCGAGAGAUCAGAAACUCAUUGCUGCCAUUUGCAAAUGAAACUGGACACACUACAAGUAUAGAAGUGAACAGACAGAUGUUGCAGGAGUUGGUGAAUGCAGGAUGUGACCAGGAAAUGGCCAUUCGCGCUCUGAAGCAGACAGGCAGCAGAAACAUUGAUGCAGCCUUGGAUUACAUCAGUAAAAUGGGAUACCUGGAUCCAAGGAAUGAACAGAUAGUGCGUGUAAUCAAGCAGACUUCCCCAGGAAAAGGCGGUGGGUCAAGUCCUGUCGAUCACAGGCCAGUAUUAGAGGGACCAAGUGAUGCAAUGUCUCACUAUCAUCAAAUGGGGAAUCCAGGUGGCUAUGGAGGAGAAAGUACAAACAUGAUAGGAGAGAUACCAAGGCCGUACAUGAAUGUUCCAGUCGUGAACUACAUCAUGCCCUCAUCACAGGUUCCAGCCAUAGGCAGCCCAAUGCAGAGGCCCUCGAGUAUUGGUCCAUACACAGCGAUGUCUGCUCAGAAUCCGCCAGGGAAUUCCAUGUACCUUCCAUGUGAUCUUAAACACCAGCCAUACCCCACAAACAUGGAGCAGGCCAUGAUGAUCUAUUCCAUUCCAAGCCACAGUGGACAGCCCUUGCAACUGCAAGGAGCUCCAGGUCCAAGCAGCCCACAUUAUGUCAGACAGCACAUGAUGGGGCCGGCUGAGACCUCAGGGUAUGGCGUGAAGAGGAGCCCUUCCUUUCAAAACAAGAUACAGCAGGAGAGCAAUUAUGGAAGCCUGCAGAGCAAAGGAUCGCUGGGUCAGAACAGCACAGGGUAUUCCUUCCAGCAGUCACCAUCCAACCUAUACCUUCCACCGCAUACUCAUCACAGGCAGUCAAGCCCUACCUCUCACCAGGUGCACAUGAUCUCCAGAGCUUCAGCAAUGGGGACCGAUUUCCAAGAUGUUCCCCAGAACCUAUUGACUCCAUCCAGAGCCAGCUUAAAUAUGGACCUCUAUGACCACCAGGUCCAGCACUGGGUAACACCUUCCCCAACCAGACAUGAAUCUCUACCUAACCCUGGUCCGGAGACUCAGGUCAGGCAGCAGCAGGGGCCCUUCAGAGGAGAGGUCCACGGGCCCAGCAGAAGCAGCUCCUUCAAAAAUCAUCAACAGAAGGUGCAUGUGACAGUAAGGCAACCAGACACUUCCCUUGCCCCACCCAACACUAUCACUGCAGUAACAUCGGCCCCUAUCCUACAGCCUGUGAUAAGCAUCAGGGUCAUGAGGCCAGAGCCAGAGAUUGCAGUGGGGCCAUGUCACCCUGGAUGGCUGCCAGCCCAGUCACAGGCUUUAGAGAAUUCUGAACUGAUGGAGCAGCAUUCCUAUUCAGCAGCUGGGGCUGAAGCCUAUAGUGUUGAACCCAUUGACUGUACUGUCCAAGAACCAAGGUGCCCUCCUCCACCAUACCCCAAAAACUUGCUGCUCCCAAGUAACUCAGAGCAGCAGAUGGAGAACAACACUUGGGUUGUCCCUAGCUUAGUCUCUAAUAAGUCUGAAGACACAAGCGGUGGAGAGAAGAACGACAAGGCCAGCAGCAAGGGUGGCAAAGCAGAGAAAGCCAUGAAGGACAAGAAGCAGAUUCAGACGUCCCCUGUGCCAGUACGUAAGAAUGCAAGAGAUGAAGAGAAGAGGGAAUCCCGCAUCAAGAGCUACUCUCCUUUUGCUUUCAAGUUCUAUAUGGAACAGCACAUAGAGAAUGUCAUGAAAACGUACCAGCAAAAGCUCAAUAGAAGAAUACAGCUUGAACAAGAAAUGUCAAAGGCAGGGCUUUCUGAGGCAGAACAGGAACAGAUGAGGAAGAUGCUAUACCAGAAGGAGUCCAACUACAACCGACUCAAAAGAGCGAAAAUGGACAAGUCCAUGUUUGUGAAAAUCAAAACCCUGGGCAUUGGUGCUUUUGGAGAAGUGUGUCUCACUCGGAAAGUGGACACAAACGCGUUAUAUGCCAUGAAGACCCUGCGCAAGAAGGAUGUCCUGAACCGCAACCAGGUGGCUCACGUGAAGGCUGAGAGGGACAUCCUUGCUGAGGCCGACAAUGAGUGGGUGGUAAAGCUGUACUACUCCUUUCAGGACAAGGACAACCUCUACUUUGUCAUGGACUACAUCCCAGGAGGGGACAUGAUGAGCCUUCUCAUUCGCAUGGGGGUCUUCCCAGAGCAGCUGGCCAUGUUCUACAUUGCCGAGCUUACACUAGCCAUUGAGAGCGUGCACAAGAUGGGAUUCAUCCACCGCGACAUCAAACCUGACAAUAUCCUGAUCGACCAGGACGGGCACAUCAAGCUCACCGACUUCGGUCUCUGCACUGGCUUUCGCUGGACCCACAAUUCCAAAUACUAUCAAAAAGGGAGCCACAUCAGACAAGACAGUAUGGAGCCCAGCAAUUUCUGGGACAAUGUAUCUAACUGUCGCUGUGGAGAUCGGUUAAUGACACUUGAGCAGAAAGCUGCCAGACAGCACCAGAGGUGCUUAGCACAUUCCUUAGUGGGGACUCCCAACUACAUUGCUCCUGAGGUGCUCCUACGAAAAGGCUAUACACAGCUUUGUGACUGGUGGAGUGUUGGUGUUAUCCUCUUUGAAAUGUUGGUAGGGCAACCUCCAUUUCUGGCCUCAACUCCCACAGAAACUCAGUUAAAGGUAAUUAACUGGGAAAACACACUCCAGAUCCCACCGCAGGUUAAACUUAGUCAGGAGGCGGUAGAUAUAAUCAGCCGACUGUGCUGCGCUGCCGAGGAGAGGCUCGGGCGCAAUGGGACAGGAGAGAUCAAAGAACAUUCUUUCUUUGAGAAGAUGGAUUUCUCCAGCAACCUGCGUACACAACCCGCGCCCUACCUCCCUAAGAUCAGCCACCCCAUGGACACCUCCAACUUUGACCCAGUGGAAGAAGACAGCCCAUGGAAGGACAGCGGUGACAGCACUAAGACCUGGGAUACACUCAGCUCCUCUCACAGCAAGCACCCGGAGCACGCCUUCUAUGAGUUCACCUUUCGCAGGUUUUUUGACGACAACGGUUGUCCGUUCCGAUACCCUAAACCCCCUGAGAAUGCGCAAAGUAGCCAGGAUCAGACAGACAGAGAGAACCGAGAUUCAGAGGAUCAAUGUGAAGUCUGUGAACCCGUAUACGUGUAACACAAGGACAACACACACUAUGAGGAACACGUCUUGAAAGCUUGUGCUUGUAAACACUGGCGACAGCUGAAUCUUCAAGUCUGAAAUUCUAAAAGAAAUUGUUCUUGUGCAGCAAGUUCUGGUGGGGAAUCGAAAAUAGGCUUCUCCAUUCAAACUGAUAGAUACACUCACCCAUUAACAAACAAAAAGAAAUGACUUCCGAGGUUUUCACAGUCCUAGUAUUUAAAGUACAAGUGAUUUACAAAUGUAUUAUCCAACUUUUUUUUUCUCCUUUUAAAUUUUGAAAUUUACCAUGAAACCACUAUAGAGGGAUUGACAGAAAAAGGACAUCAUGCAAAUGUCUUACACACACAGCAAAAAUAUCAGAUCCAGGCCCCUCAGUUUAACUUGGCACAGUGGAAUUAUUUUCAAAUGGAGAACAGUGAGAAUAGUGCAUGGGCCAGGUGUAAUUCACCAGAUUAUAGUUAUAGUUAUAAGUUUAUAAGUUAUUUCCAACUAAAGUAUCCCAUGGUCAGGUUCACUUUAUAGUAAAAUGUGAUUCCUGCUGAUUGUUUACUACAUCCUUCCACAGUUUACCAUUACGUACACUUCCCUGCAUCAGGAUCCAGGGUCUACAGUAUGUUAAUCCUGCUGGUUUCCUUUCAGGAGCUGUUCAUUGACUCAUCAAUAAAAUACAUAGACAGAAUUCCACAAUAAAAGAACCCUUGUUAGUUUAAGACAUUCUGCAAAGUUACAAAAAAAAAAAAGAACAUUAAACUUGGGAGUCUCACACAAUGUUUUUCCACAUAUUAAGAUUUUAUAAGAAAUGGCUCCUGAAAAGAUUACUUUUCAUAAAUAUUUUUAACAAUGUAGUUUCAUCUUCAGGCACACACCUUCCUCUGUGUAGUGUGGUUAUACAUAAUCAGAUAAUAUAGUUAUAUAAUCAAAGAGAAAAGGGUCUACAAUAAUGAUUUUUAAAACCAUAUUUGACUCGUUGAGCAGUCUAAAAAGAAUAAUAAAAUACAGGGCUCCCUUAUUAUUUCAUGAUUUGAUAGAUUAAUUCAACGUUUAUCCGUGUAGACAGUUGUUUUUUCAUGUAUAUACUAUACUUCACUAUAUAAGGGGCCUUCACCAAUUCACUGCUUCCAGUAUUUCUUGAAGUGUAGUGAAAAAACAAGGGAGUCGUAGUCUGUCCUCAAGCUUUUUAACAGUGGAUUCCAAAAUAAUUUUAUAAAUGUAUACAUUUUUAUUUUUGGGCAUAAAAAUCACUAGAGGUAUAUCAAACAACAGGUUAGUGAACAAAAUCUUACUUAGAAACCGUUUUGCUGUAAGAUUAGAUUAAUGUAGAGAGAGCAUGCACUUACUGUCCAUCUUCCAAGUAGCUACUAAUUCCAAGGGUUGGAUUCUGGCAAACCAAGCUGCUACUGUUUGUGUUGUUCUAUUCUCCAGUGAAUUGUUCUAACUCUAGCCUAAACACUUACUACUCCUCCAACAUUGUGAAAACCAAUACCUGAAUGUGAAACUCAAAUAGGAGAAUGCAAAUUGAAGUGCUUUAUAAAUGAGGAGCAUGUGAUAAAAAGGACAAUGUGCAAUACAGAAUUAUAUCAUUAUAUAGUUUUAUACACAUUACAGACAUCCUUUUUUAACACUUAUUUUAUAAAAUGUUUUGUAGUUUGUAUCUUUUCAAUAUAGUAAAUGGCCUAAAGCUGCUUUUCUUGUGAAAGAGUAGGUUGAAUUGAAAGUGUGUGUAAAGUGUGGCAUACUGAGUGCCGUUAAUGCGAAUGGUGUGAAGGAUUGAUGCAUGAUCGGUGUUUGUGAAUUAUGAAUGAGAAUUGCUUCUGUAUCCUCACAGGCCGGUCCUGUGCAAAAAAAUUAUAUACAAAACAAGUACAUAAACAAAGCAUAACGUAUGUAAUUAGGCCGGGGCUCUACAAAUAAAAACAACUGAUCACCAGCUAGAUAUAUGUAUUUUUGGCUAAAUAAUUGAUUGGUGACAUCAUCGGUUUUUCAUUUUGACUCAAUACCAAUGUCCUACCACCCCCUGAAGGCCAAAAAACCCUAAGGUUUGCGUAUAUUUCUAUCCCAGCAUUGAUGCAUGCUUAACAGAAUUAUCACAAAAUGACCUUGGGUAAUCAAUGUUGAAAAAUACAUUGGUAGUAUUAGAUUCAUAAUGUAAUGUUGGGGUUCAGAUGUGGUGAUGAACUAAAGAAAUUAGCUGGAUGCAGACGGAUUACAGUUCAACAGUUUUAUUAAAGCAGCUUCCUGAUGCACACUCUCUCCUUCUCAAUCACUCAAUUGUCAAUAAAGCUUGUUGAUACUAGCUUACAAAGGUAAUUCUACAACCAGGGUCUCAUGCUUAGCACAAAUUGCCAUCUGCAAGUUAUUUUCUGGAAGUCAUACAAAGCUCAGUUAUAGCCAACACAUGGCCAGCCAUUUCAUCAAAUGGCUGGCCAGAUGAUACCCUGAGAAAAAAUCGGACUGGAGAGGCUUUUCUUGAAACCGUUUUGGAAGGCGGGGCCACACAGCUGAGCAGAUCUUGGUUUUCAGAAAUCCUCCAAGAGUUCAUGAAUGAAGAGCUUGAUAUUCUGAGUAACACACUUUAUGCUUGUGUCUAUACUCAUAUGUCACAUCUCCAUGGGCCAUCUUGUGCUCGAAAGUAGUUUUCAACUUUCAAGAGCUUCUUGUCACUCCCUUGCUAAAUCUUCUUGGUAUUGAUGUGAAGGAAGGAGUUAGUCCUGUAUGUACGUUCUGUGAUGAGGAGAUCAGUGAUGAGAAUGAAUGUACUUGUGUGGACAGCAGCUGGAAAGGAUUGAAGGCCUUCUGGGACACCAAACUCAAGGUAUUGUCAGAACACACUAAAAUGACAUUCCCACAAUAAGUGAGUGAUGGUGAGCAGCAACUCACAAAACUCUGUGCUCAAAGGAUCAGAGAGAGGAUCUCUACUUCAGUCCAUGGAGUUUGUCACAAGUGAUUCAGCUAUCUCAGCAGAAACGCUCAAUAAAAUGAAGUAUGCUCCUCUUACCAAUUUAGGGUGCGAAUCAGAGAUGGCAAGAUUAGACAACAGGAUCCAGGUGUCAGGAGGAAACACUCCUGUUGAAACACUACAGAAACGUCGAAUCAUUGAACAAAAUUAUCUUUUCAGUUAGGAUUCUUGGAAGGACCUAUCAAGUGAAGAAGAAAAAAAGUUUCUUUCCCAAAAGAAGAAAAGCAAAGGCUUUGCUUGAAGAAUUCAAUUCCACAGUGCAAAAAAUGAAACGAGCAGCUUCAAGUGACUGCAGAAAAUGUGCAUAUCUUGGAUACCUUAACUGAUCAACAGAUCCUUCAAGAAUUUAAAUAUCUCUGCUCAACAAUCACUCCAAACUUGAAAGAGGCUAGUAUGGUCAAGGACAAAGAAGGCCAAAGGCGAAAAGUUCUCUUCAGCCGUGAAGUAUUGAUGAAGGCAAUAAAAAACGUUCUGGUGCCAAACUGCAACUUUGACCAAAAUAUUGAUGGAAUAGUAGUUUCUGUCUUAAGAUCGUUUCCAGAACAAUUAUAAUCUGCCAAAAACAUUUACAUGCAUUGCUUACAUUCCAACAAUCAGAUCAAGAAACGUACGGAUUUUAGGUUUUUUUGGCCUCUAAUAGGGGGCAAUAGGAUCAGUAUAUCAGCUCAAAUCAUAAAUCUAAGGUGACCAAUGGAUUUAGCAUCAUUAAUAACUCCAGGUAUAAUCAUUUAAUUGUGCAUUUAUCAGUGUUGGAAUACAUUUGAUUUAUGUUUCUUGGCCUUUAGGGGCGGUAGGACAUUGGUAUUGAGUCUAAAUGAAAAACUGAUGUCACUAAUCGAUUUUUCAGCCCAAAAUACAUAUAUUUAGCUGAUGAUGAGACUAAUUGGACACAAAAAACGUGCACAGUGCCCCAGCCUAAUGUAAUGGGUCAUUGGCAAAUGAUAUAUUUUUCCUAGUUUUCUAAAUAUGUCUUUUGUACCAGGCAUAGUUACAAAAAUGUCCCUUACGACACAUCUGUUAAAUUCUCCUUUUGUAAUUAUAUCAAUAAAACAACGUUAACAAGAGUAGGAUACACUUAUCUUAUCACUAUUGUGUUUUACUGAAUUAAAGUAAAAUUAAAAUGUGUAUUCAACACAGGCUAGCUAAAGAAAAGUUCUUGCAUUCUGAUACGCUAUAUACAGUGCCUAUAGUAAGUAUUCACCCCCCUUGGACGUUUUCACAGUUUGUUGUGUUACAACCUGAAAUCUUGAUGCAUUUAAAUGAGAUUUUUUUUCCUUUGAUUUACACAACCUACUCAACACUUUGAAGAGGCAAGAGAAUUUUUAUUGUGAAACAACAGUUAAUGAAAAAUAAAAAAAAACUGAAAUGUCCUGGUUAGAGAAGUAUUCACCCCCCUGAGUCAAUACUUGGUAGAACCACCUUUGGCAGCAAUUACAGCUGUGAGUCUUGUGGGGUAAGUCUCUACCAGGUUUGCACAUCUGGAUCGUGCAAUAUUCCCCCAUUCUUCUUGGCAAAACUGUUUAAGCUCUGUCAAGUUGGAUGGGGAUCAUUGGUGGACAGCUAUCUUCAAGUCUUGCCACAGAUUCUCAAUCGGAUUCAAGUCCGUGCUUUGACUGGGCCACUCCAGGACAUUCACUUUCUUGUUUUUAAGCCACUCUAGUGUCGCUUUGGCUGUGUGCAUGGGGUCAUUGUCCUGCUGAAAGGUGAAUCUUCGUCCCAGUCUUCUGUCUUUUGCAGACUGAAGCAGGUUUUCCUCAAGGAUUUGCCUGUAUUUAGCUCCAUCCAUUUUGCCCUCUACCCUGACAAGCUUCCCAGUCCCUGCCAAUGAAAAGCAUCCCCAUAGCAUGAUGCUGCCACCACCAUGCUUCACAGUAGGGGUGGUGUUACUUGGGUGAUGUGCUGUGUUGGGUUUGCGCCAGACAUAACGCUUUAGGCCAAAUAGUUCAAAAUUUUGUUUCAUCGGACAACAGAAUCUUUUGCCACAUCUUUUCAGAGUCUCCCACAUGCCUUUUUGCAAACAAGCGGGAUUUUAGAUGUUUUUUUUUUUCAGAAAUGGCUUCCUUCUUGCCACUCUUCCAUACAGGCCAGAUUUGUGGAGUACCUCAGCUAUUGUUGACACAUGGACAGUUUCUCCCAUCUCAGCCACGGAACGCUGUAGGUCUUUCAGAGUUGUCAUUGGCCUCUUGCUGGCUUCUCUGACCAAUGCCCUUCUUACCCGGCUGCUCAGUUUGGGAGGACAGCCUGCUCUAAGCAGAUUGUGGGUGGUGCCGUAUACCUUCCACUUCUUAAUGAUCGACUUGACUGUGCUCCAAGGGAUAUUCAAUGCCUUUUUAUACCCCUGAUCAGUGCCUUUCCACAACUUUAUCCCAGAGUUGUUUUGAAAGCUCCUUGGUCUUCAUGGUAGUAUCUUUGCUUUGAAUGCACUACCCAACUGUGGGACCUUACAGAGACAAGUGUAUUUAAUCUGAAAUCAUGUGAACCACUUUUAUUGCACACAGAUGGACUCCAUUUAACUUAUUGUGUGAAUUCUGAAGGCAAUUGGUUGCACCUGAGCUUGUUUAGGAGUGUUCUAGCAAAGGGGGUGAAUACUUAUCUAAUGAAGACUUUUCAGGUUUUUAUUUUUAAUUGAUUUGUUUUUUCACCCCCCCCCCCCCCCC